CUCCCCUAUUAUUAUUUUCCAAGUCUCUUUCUCGCCUCCGCGGCUCCGCCUCCUCAUCCCCCUCCGCUCGUUCUCUCUCUCUCUCUCUCUCUCUCUCUGCUUCUCUAUCGUGGAUCGGUUUGUCUGUUGGAGACGAAGCAGUCGUUGUAACCAACCUCUGCCUAGCGAUCGAUGGAUCCUUAUGUAAUGAACUGUGUUGAAGAAGAGCAAAUUGCUGACACAUUUUCUGAUCAGUUACCUUCAUUAGAAUCCUUUGUCAGAAACAAUAUUUAUGAUGAACCAUUGAUAUCCCCUCGCAUAGGAGAUGGGUACCAAGUCGACAUUCCAAAGCUAGCAAUAGAGUCACGAUCCUGCCUUACUAGUAUCAACAUGGGUGCUUUUGAUUAUCAUGCUGGAUUAGGAUUAGCCAUCCCCAUUAUGUGGGUUCACCAAAUGGGUGAUGCUAUCAAAGAUGAACAUAAAGGAGUUUCUUGUUCCAACAUUAUUGCCAUUGAAGGUGGGUCAGUAAAGCGUGCAAGCACUGGAAAAGUUGAAGCUGAAUGUGUUGAUUAUGCAAUAAGUGAAGUACCAAUAGAGAAGUCAAGUUGCCACAGUGCAUAUCUCCUCACAUGUAAAGAAAAACAUACUGAUUUAGGAAAUACUAUGGAGGAACAGGAGGGAUAUAGAAUCAAGGGAAGCACUAUUUCAGACAGUGAUGUUUCUCUGCUGCAACAUAGUGUCAAUAAUAACUCUUACAGUCCCUUGCCUGGUACAGUAUCUUCCUAUUGGAGUUACAAUGAAGCACUAAGUUUUCUCCUUGGCCUGUAUAUCUUUGGAAAGAAUCUUGUCCAAGUGAAGAAGUUCAUUGGAUGCAAAAAUAUUGGAGACCUACUAUCCUACUAUUAUGGAAAGUUCUAUAGAUCUGAUGCAUAUAAUAGAUGGUUAGAAUGCAGAAAGCUAAAAGGUAGAAGGUGCAUUUUUGGCCACCGGAUUUUCACUGGAUGGAGGCAACAAGAAUUUGUGUCGCGUGUUUUGCCUAAAAUGUCAAAGGAUGCUCAUGACACCUUGUUCGAGGCCAUAAGCAUAUUUAAUGAGGGCAAAGUUUCCUUGGAGGAAUUUGUUUGCACUUUAAAGGCAACAGUUGGUAUGCAAGGUUUGGUUGAAGCCAUUGGAAUUGGUACAGGCAAGCAUGAUCUCACUGGCAUCGUAUUGGAUCCAGUUAGAUCGAAUCAAACAUUAUCUGUGCGCCCUGAGAUACCUGUUGGCAAAGCAUGCUCUUCUCUUACAUCUGGAGACAUCAUCAAGUUUCUGACGGGUGAUUUCAGGUUAAGCAAGGCAAAGUCAAACGAUAUUUUCUGGGAAGCAGUUUGGCCUCGUCUAUUAGCCAGGGGUUGGCACUCAGAGCUACCGAAAGAUAUUCUUACAGCAAAGCAUGCUUUGGUGUUUCUUAUCCCAGGCAUUAAGAAAUUCUCAAGAAAAAAGCUUGUCAAAGGAAAUCACUACUUUGAUUCUGUUGCCGAUGUUCUAAAUAAAGUGGCAUCAGAUCCCAGACUUCUUGAAUUGGAGAAUGAAGGAGGCACAGGAAGCAGCACAACUCAGGAUGAAAUUAACUGUCCCAUGGAUGCCAAAUCUGAACGGUAUGGCCAUCUUGAGCGUAGAGAUAACUCCCAUCUCUGCCCCAAGGCACUAACAUCUAAUACUGAAUUUAUGAAGUUCACUAUUGUGGACACCAGUUUGACCCAAGGUGAAGAACCUUUCAAGUUCAUGGAAUUGAGGACUCUGCCCGUUGAUGCUGUUAAUAACAAUGACCCUUUAGACAAUAUAGGAGAAAUAGCAAGUGAUAGUUCUGAAGAUUCAGAUGAUAGUUCAUCCAAUGAUCAAGGAGAAUCUGAUCGAGACUCAUCUGACAACAAGGUGCCUAAGCUAAAGAGCAAGGGAAUCAACAGCAAGGCUCUUCAGUCUGCUCCUUCUGAGAGCGGAAUUACCUUUUUGAGUACAACUGUGCUGCACAAUGAACAUAUCUCAAGGAAUCAAUGUGUUGAGGAAUUUAACGAAAAGCUGCCAGUAAAAAAUUUGAAAGGUGAAUCCAGCCGCAGGGCAAAGUCUGGUCAACUUUCUUAUUUAGCUCCUAUGGCAAAACGCAGGAGGUUAACUGCUUGUAAAUAUGAAAGAUCUGGUCGCCGAUCAUACUCUAUUUCAAAAAACCAUACCAUGGAGGGAGUUCAAUCCAAGUUGAGUUUGCAACACGCAAAUGAUGAUACGGUGGAAAAGCCUAACUCCUGUUAUGAGAAGGCCUAUCCCAACUUCUCAAAUAGCACCACCCCAGAUGAGAUAGACAAUUGCUCUUCUAGGGAGGUAUGUUGUGGUAGUGCUGCUUCAUUUGAUGAAAUUUUACUAUCAAGAAGUUUGAUCGACUUAAAUACGUUACCAAAUAUUUCAAAUGAAUACGAGAAUGGUGUGCCUAAUAAGUCAGAAGUAGGUGGCAUUGUGCACGAGUUUAGUACAGAGGGAGUUAGAGAGCCAUCAGAGACAAAACAGCAGCAGGAUAUUUUUGGAGCCAUGGAAAGCUUUGCUGGAGCUGCUGUCGAUCAACAAUUUUCUGCUACUUUUCGAAGGCAAAGCACCAGAAGCCGACCUCCAACCACCAAGGCCUUAGAAGCUCUUGCAUGUGGGUUUAUUGGGACAAAGCCAAGAGGCAGGGAUACACGGACCCUAGUGUCUGGUAAUUUGGCAAGCAGGUCUUCCCGUCAUCUAAAUAAGAACACUGAACUCACAAUAUCAGCUCCAGUCAAUUUUAAUGCUGAUAGUACAAGCACAUUAAGUGAGUCCUGUUCCCAGCCUGAUGAUGUUGUAACUGAGGAGUUGCUUGGAGUUCCUUAGUUGGGUGUUUUCCCGUCUCAACUGCAGUGGGAGUUUAAUUCUAGAGUUUAAAGGGCAACACAGCAACUUGAUUCUUCAAAUGCUCCUGCAACAGGAGCGUCCAAUUUUGUAAUGUAACGGUACUUGUCGAGGAAAGAGCCCUUCUAUACAUGUAAUUCGGAAACUCUAUUUGCAAUGUUGUUGAUAUUGCAUCACGAAUCUUGAAUUUACUCGUCUAAACUUCUGUCGACUUGUAUUCUCCCUGUAGCAACUGGGAAUAUAUUGUGAAGCAGCAGUAUCCAAGACUGUAUAGUAA